AUCGUGUAGCUGCUUUCAGAACCAAAAAGAUGGGCCAACCCUCUAAUCUCCAUCACACAUUUGAGUUGUUUACAUGCUUACACCUCUCCCAUGGAAUUUAUGCAGAUUAUUUAUGCAGAAACAUAUAUAGAAAAAGAUAAAUGUUGACAUUUUUUUGUUAUUGCAUAAAAUCUUUAUGUUUUAGAGACUAGAAUUAUGUUGUCAUCUCACUCAUUUCUUCAAAAUUCUCCAUUUUUAUCAACUACAAGACUUCUUGAAUCAAAAACUAGGCCUUUUUUAUCAUAUAAUUUCAGACCCUCCAGUUUCACAAUAUGUAGUAGUAGUGUUCAGAGCCAGAAACAAGAUGUAGUCAUUGUUGGAGCUGGAAUUGCAGGCCUGGCUACUGCUGUCUCGCUACACAGGUUGGGAAUUGAGUCGGUGGUACUUGAACAAGCAGAGUCAUUGAGGACAGGAGGAACAUCUCUGACAUUGUUUAAGAAUGGAUGGAGGGUGUUGGAUGCUUUGGGGGUUGGGGAUUAUCUCCGGACUCAGUUUCUUGAAAUUCAAGGCUGUACAGGAUGGCAAUAAAUACAGAAGAUGGAAGGGAGUUGCGCUCAUUUAAGUUCAAAGAGGAAGACGAGAGCCAAGAGGUUCGUGCUGUGGAGAGGGGAAUACUUCUUGAGACUCUUGCAAAUCAGCUUCCACCAGAUGCAAUUCGUUUUUCUUCAAAACUUGCUAAGAUUGAUAAAGGCGGAAGUGGUGAAACAUUGCUAAAACUCACGGAUGGAACCCAAUUAUCUGCUAAGAUUGUGAUAGGCUGUGAUGGUAUCCGCUCCCCAAUAGCUACAUGGAUGGGAUUUCCAGAGCCUAAAUAUGUAGGACAUUGUGCUUUUCGUGGUCUUGCAUUUUACCCAGACGGACAGCCAUUUGAGCCAAAGGUGAACUACAUUUAUGGUAGAGGGGUACGAGCUGGAUAUGUCCCAGUUUCCCCUACAAAAGUUUACUGGUUCGUUUGCUUUAACAGCUCAACCCCAGGUCCAAAGAUAACUGAUCCUUCGGUCUUGAAGAAGCAAACUGGUGAACUAGUUAAGAACUGGCCACUGGAGCUCCUAAACAUCAUAGAUGUGACACCUGACGAUACAAUUAUCAGAACGCCACUAGUAGACCGAUGGUUGUGGCCAACCAUAAGCCCUUCUGCGUCAACUGGCAGUGUGGUGCUGGUUGGCGAUGCAUGGCACCCUAUGACUCCCAAUCUGGGACAGGGUGCUUGCUGUGCCCUGGAGGAUGCAGUAGUUUUGGCAAGGAAGCUUGCAUCAGCAAUCAAGUCCGAACCAAAAUCCGUUGAAAAUGCACUUAAGUCCUACGAAACUGAAAGAUGGCCGCGGAUUUUUCCAUUAACCAUUCGUGCAAAUCUCGUUGGGACUCUCCUGCAGUUGGAUAAUCCUCUGGUAUGCUCUGUUCGGAACAAUAUUGUUAUUCCUAAGGUAGUAAGGCUUGGACCGAUACUGGAACACACAAACUUCGAGUGCGAGCCACUAUCAUAAGCAUUGUUCUGAAAGUCGGUGAUUAAAAACUAAAAAAUUUGAUAUCAUUUAGAUUUGUCAGUGAUUUCAGUUCUUUGAAGUGUGGGGAUUUUUGAGUCAAAUGCGAAGAGAUGUCUGUAACUAAAUAAAUGUGGGGAUUUUAAAUUGAAGACUCGAAUAGACGAAUACCUGUUUUACAUCCUCAGAUUUUACUAAUGAUUCAGAUUUUAAAAUUA